UUUAAGAAAGUUAAAGAUGGAUAUUGCUGCACGGGUGAUAUCCGUUGUCGGUCGAACAUCAACUUCUGAUCCGUCAACGGCUUCUUCUAGUAAUCCACCAAAAGUGGGAAGAGUGAUGGAUGUCAGUGAUGGUGUUUUUAUUGGUGGAUUCAUUCCAUCACUAAUCGAAAAACAAAGAUAUCCAUACAGUCGCCCCGAAUUUUUGUAUUUUUCUGAAGAAGAAAUCGCAUUAUCAUCUGAUCAUUCUGUCCGUCCUGUUCUUUGUCCCAGAUUUCCACACCGAAUGCCCCUUUAUGUUGGUUAUGCAGAAGCAAUAAAUGCGGGAAAAACUGUCCAAAAUGAGGAUCAAGCCUCUGCAAAAAUGUUAGUUCUGACACAACACCAGGGAAACGAAAUGAACGGGUUUUCGUCCGACGAAAAGAAAUCUGAAACGAGAAAAAGAAAUUCCAAUGAAAAUGAUGAUGAUCCAAUGUUAACGCCUGGAGGAGAUGAUACCGAAAAAUCCAGCAUGUUUGCUCCACGAGCCGACGGAGCUCUAUUCAGUUUAUUCGAUGGUCAUGCUGGCUCGGCAGUUGCUGUUGUCGCCAGUAAGUGCCUUCAUGAGCACGUAAAGUCUCGGUUAUGUGAAGUACUCGACACUAUUCUUCACAUGGAUCGACAUGAGAAUUUAAACUUUGGGAAGCACCGAUCCGAAUCAUCGUACAGUAUGAGUGAGAUGAGUCGGGAAGACGAAAACCGAAUUCGAAGUGAGCAUUUGGUGAAAGGAGCUCUAGAGACUGCAUUUUUGGAUAUGGAUGAGCAAAUUGCACAGGAUAAACAAGUAUGGAGACUUCCCGGUGGAUGUGCAGUUAUAUCCGUUCUUGUAUUUUUAGGAAAACUUUAUAUAGCAAACGCCGGCGACUGUCGAGCCAUUCUCGUAACAUCUGAUGGUUCUCGGGCACUAUCAAAGGAUCUAACUCCAGCUUCGGAACGGAAACGUCUACAGGAACUGGCCUACCGUAACCCGGAACUAAUAGGAAACUCGUUUUCUAGACUUGAAUAUUCCAAACGAUUAACAAUUCAUGAUUUGAAAUCUCGUGUGCUUUACAGAGACUGGUUUAUGGAUGGAUGGGCAGUGAAAACAGUGAAAGAAUGUGAUCUUAGACCAUCAUUGAUCAGUGAAACUUCUCGGAAAAAACGACUUUUGAAUACAAUUGGAGUUUCACGUGGAUUCGGAGAUCAUCACUUGUUAACUGUUGAUGAGAGACUGAGUAUCAAACCAUUUCUAUCAGCAGUUCCCGAAAUUUCCGUCACUAAUCUGCGAGAUAUGAAUACCCUAACCGAUAAAGACGUGGUAAUCGUGGCAUCAGAUGGUCUUUGGGAUGUUCUGAGCAAUGAGGAUGCAGGAUUGAUUGUCAGAAGUACAUUAGGAUCAACUGAUUCUGCUGAUCCUUCUAGAUACACCCAGGCGGCGCAGGAUCUUGUGGCAGCUGCUCGAGGGCAACAAGCAUCUGGAAAUCUGAAGAGAUGGGUUAUGAAUACCGGUGGACAUGCGAGCUAUGAUGAUAUCACAGUAUUUGUGAUCCCAUUAAAAUACUGUGCUGCUCCACCAACUAACAUGGAAGAUGAGGAAGACGAUGAGAUGCUGAGUCUUGAGUAAUUAGAGCCCUCUCACAAACUUAUAAUAAUAAUUUAUUUCUCUGGAUGUGACACAUUUUCUGCUGUCUUUCUUUAUUUUUCCCCUUUCUACGUCAUUCUUUCACUUAUUCUUGGAAAUUUUUAAUAAUCAUACUUAUUUUCAGUAACUUAUUAAAAAUUCGCAGUUUCCUCUCGAACAAAUGAACUCAGCAUUUACUUCUCGAUUCAUAAGUAUAGUCUGCGAUUUCUUGAACCGGAAAAAUCUUAGUGUGCCCAGCGGCAUAUCUCUUCUAACAAACUACAUAUGAAGCUAAGUAUUUUAGAAAUUUUGGGUAACAUUUUUUCGGAAAAUUUUCGAAUUCAGUUCUGGUUUGCAAAAAAUGCCUGCUUUCUUAAGUUCAAGGCCUACGCCUGCCUCGUACCUAUCUGCGUGGUAGGCAGGCACAAGGUCCGCACGCCUACGCGUCUGUAUACUAUGUGAUACCAAAAUUAGAUUUAUUGCACAUAUAAUGAAUCAUAUAUCGAACUUUUAAUUAUUGUUUACGAAACCUUUUGCAAAUCCCAAAAGGCUUCAUUUUUGUUUUCAACUCCCGGCAAUGAGAGAUCUUUCAUCAAAAAAUGUGUUCUGACUAUUUUGUAGUUCUUGGAAUAAUAUGUGUGUUACUCAUAGCAAUAUUCAUUAGAAAAAUCGAAAGAUAAUUUGAAAAAAAAUAUGAAUGUUUGACGUUGGCUUUUACGAGCUUCUCCUUUUGUUCCACUUUGUUGGUUUUUAGUUAUCAUUAGACUGAAACUUUCUGAAAUUAACUUUUUUCGGUUCAUUUUAGAAAGAAAAUUACCAAAUACGAAUCCGCCCCUACAGCUUCUUUUGGUAUUUGCAUAAAAUUUUUUCAAUAUUUUUAUUGUUUUUCUCGAAUUGUUAACAUGUGUUUUUAGUCAUUCCAAUCUUCCACAAAAUUUAUGAAAAAUGUUUU